AUGUGUUGGUCUAUACGUGUCUAUUGGACGGUUUUGCACAACUUACUUGCCCGGUUCUUUUCAAAUCUUAUCAACAAAUGUUCGGCAUGUGCUUCGCAACGUUUGUGUUGUUGCUGUUAUUGUUGUCCCAUUGAUGACGACCAACAACAACAGAAAAUGGGGAGAACAAUACAUCAUGAUUAUGUCAUUGUGGAUGACAUUGAUGCCAAUUACUUACAAAUUGAGAAACGUAAAAUAGAAACUGAACCAUUUUAUCGGACCGUUGAUCGGGCAACUGCUGAAGAUAUACUCACUGGAAGGGAGGAUGGUACUUGUUUAGUUAGGCCUUACAAAGAAGAGGACAUUAGCAUAAAAUACAUAGUCAGCAUUUAUGCCCAGCAACAAUUUUUCCAUUUAUUUAUAAGACAAAUACCGGGUACGGAGUUAUUUGCCAUAGGACAAGAGAAACGUCAGGAGCGAUUAUAUCAGAGCCCAAAUGAUAUUAUCGAAUUUUACAAGCACAACACAUUGCAAUGUACAAAUAAAGAGUGUAGUUUAAGUGUAGUUUUAAAACCAAUUGUUGUAUAAAU